AGAAGGCCUAAAAGCUAAUUAAAAACCUUUUAAUAUCUAAUCCCAAUGAGCGGCCGACAGCAGACAAAGUCUUGAGGGACCCGUGGGUGAACAACGGCCAGGACUUGCCUCCAGCGACGUAUGAAGAGCCGAUUGAAGACCACCCGAACUGUGAGACCAUAAGGCUCUUGGUGGCCAUGGGAUUGAAGCCAGAAAACAUCGUAAAGGCAAUUGAAGGCCACGUCUUUAAUUAUCCCAUGGCCACCUACCGUAUUGUAGAUGGAGAAAAAAAGCCAUCCAUUACCACUCCACAGUCUCUUGCUCCUGGGGAUCCUACAUGUUUAGUCACUGAGAUUUCCAGUUCACCUGCCGGCCUUCACAGGAAGUCAGACCCCCAGCAUGCCCCCACGGCCUCCCUGACCAUCGAGCGCAAUUGUGGAGAUGUAGAAAACUUGGCACGGCAAGCCCUCCAGUGUGACCGUGUGGCCUCCUCCACUGUAAGCGCCAUAGGCGGUGGUGGUGCUUUAGAAACCUUGGCAGAGCAAGCCCCCCAGCGUGACCUCGUGUCUGCAGCCUCCAGCAAGUGCUCCACCGGCAGUGAAAAUUUAGAAACUUUGGCUCAACCAGCCCUCCCGCAUAACCUCACGGCCGCCUCCACCCAGAUCACCACCCAGAGCACCGUGGCUCAACAACCAGCACACGAAGGCAGCGUCCUCCAAGCUGGGCAGCCCGAGGCUGUGUUGGCCCGGCCAAGAAGAGGCUGGAGCUGCCGCAGGGCUGCCCGAGGUGCAUUGCCAUAAUAAGGAGAUGCUGUUGCUGCCUCUGUCCACCCAAGAGGCAGAGUAAGAGGGCCCACCCAAGAGAAAAAAUUGGAGAGGACGAAGGCCCGAAACCUGAGAUGCCCAGGAGCAACGUUGGAGCCUGCAGCACUUUAUAAAAAAAAUAUAAAAAUAAAUGUAUCAUUCUGAUAAAUGACCAUUUC